AUGUCGCUCUCGCAACGAGUGACGUCGAUAGAGGAGCAUGAGCCGUGGAGUAGAGAGGCAAGCCCGGACUCUAGGCACCGGAAGAUGAGCUUCAACCCAGUCGGCACAUGGACAGAGCAAACUGGCGAAGAGCCAACGAUAGGCGCAUUCGAAGUGCCUAAGUGGAAGAGACUGCUCCAGGUCUUACUCGCCGUUAUCUACUGCCUCUUCGCCGCCGGUGUCGUCUUCGGUUACGCCGCGAUAAAACCCGUACUACUUGAGGAGGGUGUAUACAGAGACUACUGCACAAAGGAAGAACUGGAUCAAGAUGUACACGUCUGCUACGAACAGGAGCUCCGGCUAAACCUCAUGUUCACCAUUGCCGCUGUAUCUACGAACGUCGUCGCGCUUCCUGUCGGUACAAUCCUCGAUCGCUUCGGACCACGCGUGUGCGGUAUAACUGGGGCGAUAUCUAUAACGAUUGGCGCAUUGCUUUUCGCGUUCGCAAAGGAAUUGCCGCUUGAUGGUUAUAUCCCUGGAUAUCUGUUCAUGGCGUUGGGCGGACCGUUCAUCUUCAUUUCAUCGUUCCAGCUCAGCAACACAUUCCCGCAGUACUCUGGACUGAUCUUGGCACUUUUGACCGGAGCUUUCGAUACCUCGAGCGCGAUCUUUCUGAUGUACCGACUUGUCUACCAAGGUACAGACGGCAAAUUCUCGAUCAAGAAGUUCUUCCUUAUCUAUCUUAUCGUUCCGGCCUUUAUCCUUGUGGUGCAAGUCCUCUUCAUGCCAUCGGUGUCUUACAAAACAGUUGGUGAACUCGUUACCAGCGCAGAGGAGGAGCAAGUCAUCCACGACUCAGACGACGAGAUCGAAGACGCUGCGACGGUUCGAAGCAUACAGGAUGCGCGACGAGCACAUCGCGACAGCAUUGUCAGCGAGAUCACAUCUUUGCUUGGCACCAAAGACGGCAAGAAGCAGGCUGAAGAGGAAGACAAGAAAAAGAAUAUCUCAGGUGUUUGGGGAGCGCUACACGGUCGCACCGCCAGCCAGCAAAUCCGCACUCCUUGGUUCAUUCUUAUCACACUGUUCACGGUCCUCCAGAUGACGCGCAUCAACUACUUUGUCGCCACAAUCCGGACGCAGUACACAUAUCUUUUCCAUGACUACAACAAGGCGGUUGAGAUCAACAACUUCUUUGAUGUCGCACUUCCCGUGGGCGGUGUCUUGUCAGUUCCAUUUAUUGGUCUGCUUCUCGACAACACAAGCACUACCUUUACGCUGUCCCUACUUGUCACUGUAGCGACAACUAUUGGAGUACUGGGUGUGAUUCCGGAGACAUGGGCUGCAUACGCCAACAUCAUCCUCUUUGUGCUAUACCGACCUCUAUACUAUACCGCAGUCUCCGAUUAUUCGGCCAAGGUCUUCGGCUUCGCCACCUUCGGCAAAGUCUACGGCCUCAUCAUCUGCCUUGCCGGUGUCCUCAACUUCUCGCAAUCUGCCCUUGACGCUGCUACGCACAAGACCUUCAAGAACGAUCCCGUACCUAUCAACGUCAUUUUGCUCAGCUUGGCGCUGCUUGUCGGUCUCGCACUUGUGACAUUUGUGUGGCGAAAGAGCCAUAAGAUCCAACGGGAGAACAUUGAAGAGGAGGCUGAGGAGGCGAGGGAGACACUUAUGCCGAAUGCUAGUGAGAUCAAUGGAUACGGGUCGAUGAAUGGAAGUGGGACAGCGAGUCCUGGGGAAGAGGAUAGGGGCAGGAGGCUGUGA